AUGGCACGAGGUGGAGGUCGCGGCGGUGGUCGCAAACCAUUUCGCGGCAAGGGCAAAGGUCGCGGCGGCGGCGGUGGUGGUGGAGGACGUGAUACUCGCUCAGAGCCAUGGUCCACCAUCGAGCGCAAGAAUGAGCUCUUUGAGAGCUACUACCGCAUGGGAGGAUUUUUGGAGGAAUCAGAGUUCGAGGAGAUGUGGAAGGCUCUCCAGACCGACUUGCCCAACAGUUUCCGCUUCACUGGUACCAAAUCCGAUGCCCUCGCAGUGCGCGAAAUCUUCAAGCAGCGCUAUAUCCCCGCGAUCGCAUCCAAGCAGUUCGAGGGCAAGCCAGUGUCGCCUCCCGAGGCAGUGCAGGCCUUCCCCGAUGAGCUCGUAUGGCACAUGAAGACCCACAAGAAGGUCAUUCGACGACAUGCGCCCUUUGCCGAUUUCCAGAAGUUCCUCGUCGCCGAAGCCGCAUCAGGAAACAUUAGCAGGCAGGAAGUUGUCAGUAUGAUCCCGCCACACUUUCUCGACGUGAAGCCAGGAAUGGUGGUCCUCGAUAUGUGCGCAGCACCAGGAAGCAAGUCGGCACAGCUGGCUGAGAUGAUCCACGGCGACGAAGAGGAGCGUGUACAGCGGGUAGCGAACGGCGAGUCGGUUGACCUUACCCAAGACGGUGACUACAGCGACGGCGGACGUUCCACAGGUCUCCUCAUUGCCAACGACUCCGACUACAAGCGUGCCGGCAUGUUGGUCCAUCAGGUCAAGCGCCUCAACUUCCCCAACCUCAUCGUCACGCAACACGACGCCUCAAUCUUCCCCUCGAUCGAACUGCCGAGCGACGGCAAUAAGAAGCAGUACCUAAAGUACGACAGGAUAUUGGCUGACGUACCCUGCUCUGGUGAUGGAACAGCUCGUAAGAACCCGAACGUAUGGCAAAAGUGGACGCCCAAGGAUGGUCUUGGUCUACAUGGGCUUCAGCUACGCAUCCUGUUCCGUGGUCUCCAGAUGCUGAAGAAGGGCGGCCGUAUGGUAUACUCAACCUGCAGUCUGAACCCUGUGGAGAAUGAGGCCGUCGUUGCAGCAGCCAUCGAAGCUUGUGGUGGCAACUCCAAGGUCCGACUAGUAGACUGCUCAGACCAUCUGCCAAACCUCAAGCGAAAGCCGGGCCUCAACACAUGGAAGGUGCUUGAUACAUCCUCGGUUACCGCUGCAGGAGAGAAGACCGCUCACAUGUUCACCAACUGGGAAGCAUACCAGAAAGCCAGGGCAAAGUAUGAGGCAGAAGAGCCAGAACGCCAGUUCUCCACCAAGGUUACUCCAGGAUGUUUCCCACCUGUACCACAGUCCGAAGAGGAGCGUAUUCCCCUCGAACACUGCAUUCGUGUUUACCCACAUUUGCAAGACACUGGCGGUUUCUUCAUUGCCAUUCUUGAGAAGCUGGACGACAUCAAGAUUGCGCAGGUACAGAACCCAGAGAACGCAGCCAAGGCCCAAAGAUCGCAUACCAACGCCGACACAACUACCGAUUCAUCCAUCCCAACCCCUGCUGAGAAUGUGAUUGAAGCAGACGCCACCAAAGGAGAGUCCGCGGAUGAUGCUUCCGAAGCCGCGGCUCCAUUGAAGCGCAAGUUGGAGGAGUCUGAAGACACUGAAGCGCCCAAGAAAGCCAAGACUGAGGAUGCAGUCGCAACACCAGAGACCAAGCCAGCAACCAACGGUUCGGCUGCCCGCUUGAAGCCUGAGAACCAGUCUCAAGCCAAGGAGUACUUCGAAUACCUUCCCUCUGACGAUCCGACCAUCGCCUCCAUCAUGAACUUCUUUGGCAUCGACAGCCGCUUCCCACGCGACCGCUUCAUGGUCAAGAACAAGGAAGGACUCUCCCUCAACAAGAUCUACUACACUUCCGACCUUGCGAAGACCAUCCUCUCGCUGAAUAAGGAUCGUGGCAUGAAGUUCAUACAUUGCGGUGUUGUAAUGUUUGUUUCGCACAAGAUCAAGGACCAGGAUCGUACGCAAGCGCCUUGGAGAUUGCAAAACGAGGGUAUCCGUAUCCUUGAGCCAUGGGCAAGGAAGCGGAUAGUCAAGCUGGAGAAGAAGGAGACACUACAUCAACUUAUCCGGGAGAUGUUCCCCAAGUUACCGAAAGAAGGUGACACCGGUCUUGGUGAAGUUGGUGAGCAGCUCCAGCAGAUGGACGUUGGCUGCUGCUUCAUCCGCGUCGAGAAGGAUGAGGAGCAGGGCAUUCCAUUCCGCAUGGUGCUCCCACUUUGGAGACAUCCUGGUAGCGCCAACCUGAUGGUCGACAAGGACGACCGUAAGGCCAUGCUGCUUAGGUUGUUCAACGAAAAGGACACUGAGAUCAUCAACCACGUUGCGGACAAGGCCAAGGCAGAGCAAAAAGCUCUCGAGGCUGAAGAGGCAGGUGAAGAUGAUGUCAAGGCAGACGGAGAGGGAGAUGUCAGUGAUGGCGAGCAAGCCACCGAGGCUAUGGUCGCUGAAGAGGAAGAGGGAGCUGCGAAGGUCGACGACGAGGACGUGAAAAUGGGCGAUGAUGCCUAG